CUGCUCUCCGCCACCGAGCGCGCGAGAGGCGUGUACGAUGGCCUCCGACAACCCACCACAGCCAGAUCUCCUCAGCAACGCGCUCGCUUCCGCAUCGUCCCUCGUCCUCCUCCAGUUCUUCUCUCGUGUCUUUACAUUCAUCCUCAACCAGGCUCUCGUGCGCUAUGUCUCGCCCCAGGUCUUUGGCACGGCUGCGAUCCAGUUCGAGCUCCUGCUCUCCACCAUCCUCUUCCUCUCUCGGGAAGGCGUCCGAAACGCCCUCCUCCGCUCAUCUGCCAGCUCCGUGGCAAGGUCUUCGAACAAGGACAGCCAAUCACUCGUGGCGAACAUAACCAUCCUACCAACCCUGCUGGGCAUACCCGCUGCUAUCCUCAUAGCCUUCCUCUAUGUCGCUAGCACUUCCGCAUCCACUGCCUCGCAGCCGCACUUCCAUUUGAGCGUGGCCAUAUAUGCUGUUGCAGCCUCUCUGGAACUGCUCUCUGAACCUCUGUAUAUCCGCGCGCAGAACGAGCUGCGCUUCAACCUUCGCGUCAGGGCCGAAGGCAUCGCUGUGGUCAUGAAGACAACUGUAGCGUUCGCCGUCCUUGUAAUCGGCGAUGCUGAAUGGGCCCUCGUCGCCUUUGCGUUGGGGCAGGCUGCAUUUGGUCUCGCGGUUCUGUCGACAUACCUUCACGCUUAUGGUCAAGGGAUCGGACUCUGGCCAAAGAAAAUCACCUCCGAGGUGCAUGGCAACGUGUCUUCCAAGUAUUUUGAUCCCUCUCUGCUUAGUCUGUCCGCUGCCAUGACAGGUCAGUCCGUAGUAAAGCACUUCCUCACUGAGGGCGACAAGUUCCUCGUCUCGCGGCUGAGUCCUCUGGCGGACCAAGGCGGCUACGCGGUUGCGUCAAAUUACGGCUCCCUGGUCGCCCGUAUGGUCUUCCAGCCAAUAGAGGAAACGUCCAGGGUGUUCUUCUCCAAGAGCCUCACAGAUCAGAAACAGGACCCCGCAGCCCUGCGCUCUGCCGCGAACGUGCUUCUCGCGCUCCUACUCCUCUUCACGCACCUCCUCCUGCUUCUCGUCACCUUUGGCCCGCCGUACCUCCCGCUCGCGCUCGCGAUCGUCCUCCCCCCGAAGUACCUCCACACGUCCGCGCCGACGAUCCUGCGCACGUACAUCUACUACAUCCCCAUGAUGGCCUUCAACGGCGUCCUCGAGGCGUUCUUCGCGUCCGCUGCAGCCCCCGCGGACCUCCACCGCCAGAGCCGCUGGCUCUUCGCGUUCUCGCUUGGCUUCGUCGCGGUCGCGGUCGGCCUUGCGAAGGGCGCGGAAUUGGGCGACGCGGGCUUGGUGUGGGCUAAUGUCGUCAACCUUCUGUGCAGGGCGUUGUAUGCGUGGCGAUUCGCGCUGCGGUUCUUCCGCGAGAGGAGCGGGCAGAGCUUGGUUGGGUGGAGGACGGUCGUCCCGCCUGUACCGGUGCUCGUGGUGUUUGCGUGCGCUGCGGGGGCGACCAGAUGGAGCGAACGAGUCUUCGCGGAUGUGCCGCUUCGUCUUACCCACCAAGUCGGGCAUAUCGCAACGGCCGUGUGCUGUCUCGCCGGAUGUCUCUUGGCGUGUUUCGUGUUUGAGAGGAGGACCUUUGUUCAGUUGUUCUCGUCACUCCGGAAGCGAUGAUUGGCCGAUGUAGCAGUUGUACAUUGUCUGUACGCAUCAUGGCAUGUACAAUUACACCCCGGAGUGUGAUACCUUCUGCGUUGCAUGGCCUAGGUGUUGUGUCCGCCGCGUUGUUCCCUCAUUACUCUCUCAUACAUGAUGUGACAGUGGUGCAACGGAUACGUCUCGUUCUCUCAUGAGUAAGUAUACACUACGGUCCAGUGUAAACGUGAGUGAAUUACGCGAG